AUGGCUGAUAACGCGGAGGUGUUUGACCGGGCUCCCGGUGCGGGGCGAACCCGGGGGAAGGCGAGUGGGCCUGGGCAAGGAGAGAGCAGCAGACCCCGAGAGCCGGAGCUGGCGGACGGAGAGGCGGUGUUUAGUCACUGUCAGCCUCUCAGACAGCCGCGGACUCCUGUACCUGUACCUGUACCUGUACCUGUACCUGUACCUGUACCGGUAUCUGUACCGGUAUCUGUACCGAACCCCGAGUGCUCAGACAGCAGAGUGUCCACCUUGUCGUCCAGCUCAUCUCUCAGUAACAGCAACAGCUCAGCAGCAGUAAAACCUCGGGCUAAUCAGAGUGCAGUGUACGAGUCCAGACUGUCAGCACACGCCCCUGAGUUCAUCCCCUCCACCUACACACCUGUCCAGGACGAUGUGUAUGAGGAGGCCAGCUAUGACAGUUACUACUCUGACUUCUCUCUGGCCGAUGUGGUACAAGACAUUCUCACCCACCUGAACUCGUCCCCAGGCUCGUUCGAGAUAGACAUCGGGAACAUCGCAGCCACUCUGAAUGACUGGGUAACCACAGAGGAGACACUGAAGGAGCUGGUGGAGCUCAUCUUCACACAGUCCACUUCGAUGCCUAACUUCACCUACACCGGUGCUCGUCUCUGCAACUUCCUGUCUCAUCACCUCGCACUCAGUCCGGCCAGUGGAACCUUCCGGCAACUGCUGCUAAAACGGUGUCAGACUGAGUAUGAACAGAGACAGCAGGCCCUGAUGGGUGAUGAGGAAACUCAGAGGAAGUUUCACACUUAUAUUCUGUUUCUAGGAGAACUCUACCUAAACCUUGAGGUGAAGAGUGUGAAGGGCACCAUGUCUCGUGCAGAGAUCCUCCUCGCUGCACUGAAGGACCUGAUGGACACACUCUUCUCUCAGCCCAAAGACAGAAACCUCAUCUGUGCCGUCAAGCUUCUGAAGCUCACAGGGUCAGUUCUGGAGGAUGCGUGGAAGCAGAGCGGAAAAUCUCACAUGGACGAUCUGGUCCGGAAAAUCGAGGAGAUCUUACUAGACGCUCAGUGCAGCCGUGAUGUGAGACAGAUGUUGUUGAAACUGGUGGAGUUGAGAUCCAGUAACUGGGGCAGAGUUUAUGCAGCAGCAGCACACAGCGAUGCCACACCCGACAACGACCCCAACUACUACAUGAAUGAACCCACUUUCUACACUGCAGAUGGAAUUCCAUUCACAGCCGCCGACCCAGAUUACUCCGAGAAAUAUCAGGAGAUUUUAGAUCGAGAGGAUUACUUUCCAGACUUCUAUGAGGAAAACGGAAAUGAAGCGCUCUACAGUGAGGAGGAGGAGGAGAUGGAGCCAGAGAUAGAAGAGGCGUUUGAGAAGUUCUGUCUGGAGACUGAGAGAAAAAAAAACAUGAAUCUUUAAAGCACUGAAGUGUCUGCUGUGGCCAUCACCAUGAACAUCCACAGCACAUUUUAUCCUCCUUUUCUUUCCAUCGUUACACAUAAAGAGCACAGGCUGGAUUUAGAGAUUUCAUUCUGUCUGAGGUUUCUUCUGGCUGCUGGACGACUGACUACAGUCUGGACUUUAGUGUGUUUAGGUUUGUGGAGGAGAAACCAGAGGUUUGCAGUGAGGUUUGAUUUCUUCAGUCAGAGACAUCUAACUACUUCCUGUUAGAGGAGGAAGGGAGGACGGAGAGUUUGGGUUUCAGGAUUUGAUCAGACAGAAGAGAUUUUCAGUGUUUAUUGUUUUAUUUCUUUUUGUUUCUGGUUUGUUUGGAAUCUUUUAAGAGUUUUACAGAUUUUGAUUACAGACUGAGUGACAGGUGGAAUCAGGAGGUGUGUGAAUCUCAGCACUACACACACACACACACACACACACAGAGGAUUGUUUAUUUUAUUAGAGUAUUGUAAAUAUUAUUGACUGUAUUGUUGCCUGCAAUAAAUCUUUCUAACAGAAAA